AUGGCUUCUCCAGAUGCUGAGAUGGUUACCUUUGGGAAGGUGGCUCCCUACCUCCAAAAGUCAGAAAAGGAGAGAAUCGAGGCCCAGAACAAGCCUUUCGAUGCCAAGGCAUCAGUCUUUGUGGUGCAUGCUAAAGAAUCCUAUGUGAAAAGCACAAUCCAGAGCAAAGAAGCAGGAAAGGUCACUGUCAAGACUGAAGCAGGAGAAACUCUGACCGUGAAGGAUGAUCAGGUUUUCUCCAUGAGCCCUCCCAAGUAUGAUAAAAUCGAGGACAUGGCCAUGAUGACCCACCUCCAUGAAUCCGCUGUGCUGUACAACCUCAAAGAGCGUUACGCAGCCUGGAUGAUCUACACCUACUCGGGUCUCUUCUGUGUCACCGUCAACGCCUACAAGUGGCUGCCGGUGUACAACCCGGAGGUGGUGUUGGCCUACCGAGGCAAAAAGCGCCAGGAGGCCCCUCCACACAUCUUCUCCAUCUCUGACAAUGCCUAUCAGUUCAUGCUGACUGCUGAGAGAGAUGGGACUGUUCAGUGUGGAGAAGUCAGGGAUGAUCUUAUAAAUGUCUACAAAUACCUGAAGGGAGAAUGCAAAAAGGGCAGAGCCAAGCUCUUUUCAGUGGUGCCCAGGGACAGGAAAGGAGACAAUGGCCACAAGCUGAAACACAUGAGGUUCCAUCUGAACAUCAGGAAGUACUUUUUCAUUGUGCAGGUGACAGUACUGACAGAGGUGUCUGGAGGUGGGGUCUCCCUCCUUGGAGAUAUUCAAAAGCAGUCUAGACAUGGUCUUGGGCAACCUAUUCUAGAUGGCUCUGUUUGA